AUGGCGAAGAGCGCAAAACUGGCCGCCUCGGGCAAGGCCAUUGACCCCACUCUUGAUGCCCUUUUCGCAUCCAGUGCAGGGCCCGUGAAAGCCCCCGAGAAGACGAGAUACGCGGAAUUGUCUGCACCAAAGGCAAAGGCUGACCCCGAAACCGCCGACUCCGACGAGAACCUUCCAGACGCCGACGAGGAAGACGAUGAAGAACUGUCCGAGCUUGGCAGCGAGGAUGGCGUUGACCUUGACAAUAUUGCUGAGGAUGAAACUUCUUCCGAAGCUGACGAGGACGCCAAGGACGUAUCAGACGCCGAUGAAGAAGAUGAAGCCUCAGUGCUAGCUCCGAAGACAAAGAAAGAACGGAAGCGCAAGCGGGAGGAGGACGAUAUUGAGGGCAAGUAUCUGAGCAAGCUUGCGGAGGCAGAGGAGAAGGAGAAGCCUGCCGAGAAGCGCACCAAAAAGGAGACCAAGCCCGACGAAGACGGCCAGGAGGCGACCUCGGAAACGUCGUCCGAAGGCGAGGAUUCUGACGAGGAGACACCCCUUGUCCACGAGUCCCUUGCCGCCGACGCAAAGGCCAAGGCCAAGGACAGCGAAAUAAAAAAGGCGAACCGCACCGUCUUCCUCUCCAACGUCGCCGCCGACGCCAUUGACAAUAAGUCGGCCAAGCGCACUCUCGAGGCCCACCUCUCUAGCGUUCUCGACAAGGACGCGACCCCGCCACAGAAGAUCGAGUCGAUCCGCUUCCGCUCCGUCGCCUUCUCCGGUGGCGGCCUCCCCAAGCGCGCGGCUUACAUCACAAAGUCCCUUAUGAAGGAGACGACAAAGUCGGCCAACGCCUAUGUCGUCUUCUCUACGCCCGCCGCCGCGCGCAAGGUCUGCGCCGAGCUCAACGGCACCGUCGUCCUCGACCGCCAUCUGCGCGUUGACAGCGUCGCCCACCCGGCGCCUACGGACCACCGCCGCUGCGUCUUCGUCGGCAACCUGGGCUUCAUUGACGAUGAGACCAUCGUCUCUACCAACGACGAGGGCGAAACGGUCCAGAAGAAGCGCACAAAGGUCCCCGCCGAUAUUGAGGAGGGGCUGUGGAGGACGUUUGGCAAGCACGCUGGUAAGGUCGAGAACGUGCGCGUCGUGCGCGAUCCCAAGACGAGAGUGGGCAAGGGCUUCGCCUACGUUCAGUUCUACGAUGGAAUCCACGUGGAAGCCGCCCUCCUCCUGGACGGCAAGAAGUUCCCCCCUAUGCUCCCCCGCAUCUUGCGCGUAACUCGCGCUAAGGCCCCUCACAAGACAGCCCUCGCCAUGGAGCGAAGUAACAAGGCCAGGGCUGCCCAACCAGGCGGGCCGGGCGCUCCUGGUAACACGAAGUACCGGGCCAAGAUCACCCCCGAGCAGCAGUCCAAGGCCGGCCGCGCGGCGCGCCUGCUGGGCCGCUCCGGCGCCAACCGCGAGCGUCUCGGCAACAGAGGCGACAGGGAAAAGCCGCGCAUCCCGGGCAACGGCUCCGGCGUCGUCCCCAAGGACCAGAUGAAGGCGCCCGAGGACUUUGUCUUUGAGGGCCGACGCGCCAGCGCCAAGGAUGGCAGACCCAAAGACCUCAAAUUCAACAAGCGGAGCAAGCCCAAGGGCGUCAGCGGUGGCGGCGUCAAAAAGUCGAAGCCUACCGGCCGCGGCGCCAAGAGAGCGUCGGAGUGGAAGAAGAAGCAGGGUGGAUCGUAG